UGCCCCGGGCCAGCCCGGCCCGGCCCGGCCUGACCGGCAGCCGCGUCCCCGGCCCAAAAUAGAGCGGGGCGGGGUCGGCACCGCCAUGGCGAGGCAACCUGCAAAGACGCUGUGGUACGACCGGCCGCGGUACGUGUACCUGGAGUUCUGUGUCGAGGACAGCACGGACGUGAAGGUGGUCAUCGAGGACCACAGGCUGGUGUUCAGUUGCAAAAAUGCAGAUGGUGUGGAGUUCUACAACGAGAUCAACCUGUACGCCAGGGUUAACUCCAAGGACUCACGGGAGAAGCGCUCUGACCGCUCCAUCACCUGCUUUAUGAGGAAGUGGAAGGAGAAAGUGGCCUGGCCACGCAUCACCAAGGAGAACAUCAAGCCAGCCUGGCUUUCCGUGGACUUUGACAACUGGCGAGACUGGGAAGGGGAUGAGGAGGUGGAGAGGGCCAUGGUGGAGCAGUAUGCAGAGAUGCUGGAGAAGGUGACAGAGAAAGGCCCCCCGCCAGCCAUGGAUGACCUGGAUUUCACCACCAGGGUGGUGUCGUGCCGGGCGGCGGAGCUGCGGCCCGAGGGCGGCGGGGAGCCGGUGCGCGGGUUCCAGGUGGUGCUGGAGGACACCAUCCUGUUCCCCGAGGGCGGCGGGCAGCCGGACGAUCGCGGCCUCAUCGGAGAUGUGCCGGUGCUGCGCGUCACCCGGCGGGGCUCCGAGGCCGUGCAUUUCGUGCCGGCCGCGCUGGAACCGGGCGCUGAAGUGCUGCUGUCGCUGGACUGGGAGCGCCGCUUCGACCACAUGCAGCAGCAUUCAGGACAGCAUCUCGUCAGUGCCAUUGCAGAACAGAUGUUUGGGUUCAGGACAACUUCAUGGGAGCUGGGCCGUCAGCGAAGUGUCAUUGAGCUGGACACCCCCUCGGUGACAGCAGAGCAGGUCGAGGCCCUGGAGAAGAGUGUGAACGAGAAAAUCCGGGACAGGGUCCCUGUAACAGUGAGGGAACUGGCUGCAGAUGACCCUGAAGUUGAAACAGUGAGGAGCCGGGGGCUGCCCGAUGACCACGUGGGGCCAGUGCGUGUGGUGGACAUCAAAGGCAUUGACUCCAACCUCUGCUGUGGGACUCAUGUCAGCAACCUGAGUGACCUCCAGGUUAUUAAACUCCUUGGCGUGGAAAAAGGGAAAAAGAACAAAACCAACUUGGUUUUCUUGGCGGGAAACAGAGUGCUGAAGUCAAUUGAACAAAGUCACAGUACUGAGAAGGCUCUUACCUCCCUACUCAAAAAUGGACCAGGUGAGCAUGUAGAGGCUGUGAAGAGACUGCAGAGCUCUGUGAAACUGCUCCAGAAGAAUAACCUGAACCUGCUUAGAGACAUUGCUGUUUUGAUAGCCCAGGACUUCAAGAACAAACCUGCUCCAAAGCAGCUGUUUGUAUUGCACAGGAAAGAGGGUGAUUCUGAAUUUAUGAACAUCAUUGCUAAUGAGAUUGGGACAGAGGAAACCCUGCUAUUCCUGACUGUGGGAGAUGAAAAAGAAGCAGGACUCUUCCUUCUAGCUGGACCUGUUGAAGCAGUCGAAAAUUUAGGUCCCAGGGUGGCAGAGGUGCUGGGUGGGAAAGGAGCUGGGAAGCGCGGCCGCUUCCAGGGCAAGGCAGCCAAGAUGAGCCGGCGAGGAGAAGUGCAAGCUCUGCUCCAGGAGUUCAUUAGCCAUCAAAACCCUGGAGCAUAAGAAACAAUUCUCAAAGGAGGUUUGUCUUCCUUUUGUUUGCAUAGACUCCACUAGCUUCUCUUCCAGAGAAUAAAGACCUGAACCCAA